UUAUUACACUAUUUGAUGCAAGAUAAUGUUUAUGACUUUGUAAUAACAGUUUCUCAAUCCUUUAAGAAUGAAGAAACUGUUUAUUAUCAACUUAAGUAACACUUAUCUCUUAUAAGAAAUAGCUAUUUCAAUUAAAAAAAUCAACUAGUCUUUUACAAUCAACAUAGAUAUUCAGAACUUAAAAAGUUUCAUCAAGCACUUGAAACACUCAAAAUUACAUUACCUUCCUUUCCUGGUACUCAUUGGUGGAAAUCUGUAAAUUAGCAUCCUGAUUUGAUUGAAGAACGCAAACAAUUGUUAGAUCAAUAUUUCAGGAGUUUGACAUGCUCUAAAAUUGUUAGAGAUUCCUUAAUUUUUAAGAACUUCAUCUUAUCUGCCUAAAAAGAAGCUGAAAAACGAAUUCUCAAAGUAUCUUUUUCUUUUAUAUUAUCUAAAAGGAGGAAAAAGUAAAAAUUAAGAAAGCAGAAGGCAUACCUAAUCGAAACUAAAUUAAACUUAAAACUAAUAAAUAUUAAACUCCUGCAACCAAUCCAGUUAAUCUUCCUCCAACUCCUGAUAAUGUGAAAGAAAGAUCAUAAUCUUUAGAACAUAAACCCUCUACUUCUAAAAUAGAAAAAGAAAACAACAAAAAACUUUAAUCACCUGUAAAACUAAAUUAAUUUAAUUUAGAUUCUUAAUUUUGGAGGAUCGAAAAUCUUUAGAGGCAUCUUAUCAAACGCUGCUAAAUAAUGA